ACCGGAUUCAGUCGUCUUCUGCUCCAGAUACAAUUCACAGACCUCAUCGUCUGUGGCCCAGAGCAAUCAGUCUUUCGAGAGAAUUGCGUGCUAGGCUGAGAUUGAAGUGAUUGUGCUGUUUUGGGUUUUUGCCUCUCCGCGCGCGCAGACAUGACGUCACGGCGCUAGUGAAUGAAGAGGAAAUCAUCAUAGAGUGGACGACAUUACGAAAAUUCCUAUUAUGCUGGAAGACGAGGAGAUUGAAUGGCAAUUCGGACUCAUUAUCGCAAUUUAAGACCUCCAUUCUAUUCCACUGAAAUAUGUUUAUCGCAACAAUUUAAGUCGCGCUCGUCAACACAUAAAAGCCUCUCCUCUUCCUCACCAUCUCACGAGAUAAACAGCCAUUUUACGGGAAAUUCUGAUAAAAAUUUCGAGAUCGCAGUGAUUUAUCAGUCUCACACUACACUUUUAGUUCCCCUCGAGACGUUCAUCUGAUAACAGAGACACUUGCACAAAGCUAAUCACUCACAUGGAGGCAGACCCCGAGACAAGUACUUAGAGGACCAUCAGUUUAUUUGUAUAGAAAUUCGUGACGUUUUGACUUAUAUUGUGUGAACUUGUUCUUGUGAUCCUGUGAUCUUUGGAUACUCGUUAUUAAUAUUAGCAAAAAAAAAUUUCCAUGAUCGUUAAGACAUUACAUAACGCCCAUUGUGAUCUUUUCCCCGUCUUUCGUUCCACCCUCUCUCCUCGCUUAAUACAAACAUUUUAAGUGUAAUCUGUUAUAGAUAUGAAGACAGUAAAUUUAGUAGUGUCCGAUGCUGAGGAGACGGCAAGACUCAAGAAUGUCGGAUCUACGCCACGACCGUCAUUCCUUCGACGCGGAUCUUUAAUCCAGAGGCGCGAUCACAAAGUCAAAGCCUUCCUUUUGCGGCGCAUUCACAUUCUCUCGUGGAUUCGAGACUACAAUGCGAAGACGGCGAUAUCGGACUUGAUAGCCGGAAUCACUCUCGGACUCACGAUGAUCCCUCAAGCCAUAGCCUACGCCGCCCUGGCCAAUGUACCCUCACAAUACGGCCUAUACUCAGCCUUCGCCGGGAGUUUUCUCUACGUGCUCUUCGGCAGCAUUCCUCAAGUCUCCAUCGGACCGACAAAUCUGAUGGCUCUGCUCACUCUGCAAUUCACCAUGGAUAAACCUGUGGAAUUUGUCGUGAUUCUGACCUUCCUCGCCGGAGUUAUGGAGUUUCUAAUGGGAGUUCUGAAGCUUGAAUUCCUGGUGGAAUUCAUAUCAGUUCCAGUUACAACUGCCUUCACAACGGCCACUUCGUUGAUCAUCAUAUCAUCGCAGUUGAAGGGGAUUUUAGGCAUUAAGUACACAGCCAAGGGCUUUGCUGACUACAUCAUUGGAUUGUUCAAUAGAUAUUCCGAAAUUCAAUUGGGCGAUAGUCUUCUGGGGCUCUGUUGCAUCAUUGCUCUGCUAAGUCUUCGAUUCCUCAACAAUAUUCCAGUGUCCACAAACACUAAAGCUGGGAUUUGUCUGAAGAAAUUCCUUUGGUACAUUAGCAUAUCCCGGAAUGCCAUCACUGUCUUGAUCACCUCAACAGUUGCCUACCAUUGGAUAAUGCAAGCCGAUGAGGUGCCUUUCAAGCUAUCCGGGAAUGUUGAACCUGGAAUUCCCACCUUCCAAUUGCCACCCUUCAGCAUUGACUACAACAACAAGACGCUCAACAUCCUGGAGAUUUGCUCAGAACUCGGCUCAGGGAUCAUCGUAAUUCCACUCGUGGCUGUGCUGAUGAAUGUGGCAAUCGCCAAGUCAUUCACAUCCGGAAGGAUAGUUGAUGCGUCACAGGAGAUGUUAACUCUCGGCAUUGUCAACAUUAUCGGAUCGUGCUUCAGCUCAAUGCCCGCGUGCGGAGCUUUCACGCGAUCAGCCGUCAGUCACGCGAGUGGCGUGCAAACACCCAUGGCAGGACUCUACACAGGGAUAAUUGUGGUCCUGGCGCUCAGUCUCCUCACGCCAUACUUCGCCUACAUCCCAAAAGCCACUCUUGCAGCCGUUCUGAUCUGCGCUGUGAUCUUCAUGAUCGACUUCAAGCUGGUGUUGAGGUUUUGGCGGGAAAACCGGCGAGAUUUCUACUCGUGGUGCGGCUGCUUGAUCGCCUGUCUAGUUCUCGGCGUUGAGAUUGGACUUCUUGUCGGUGUUGCACUCACGUGCUUCCACUUGUUAUCAAUGUGGGCCAGACCGAAGACCACAGUUAAGGUUGAGGAGCUCGAUGGGAAUCAGUACAUUAGGAUCACACCGAAUGCUGGACUCUACUUCCCUGGCAUUGAUUACCUCCGCGAGAGGACGAACAGAGCCACAGCGGCAGCGGAAUUUCACGUUCCCGUUGUGAUUGAUUGCAGCAAAUUCACGGGAUUGGAUUUCACAUCGGCCAAGGGAAUUGGAAACAUCGCCGGUGAUGUCAAUAAGCACAAACAGCUCCUGAUUCUGCAGAACCUCGAAGUAUCCCUGCAGAAGUACAUCGACAUGAAGCACGAUAUCAUUUUCUGCAACAAAGACAGCAAAUUGCAGGAGAUUUUGACCCAAGAAGGCAUUCGCAAUGGCACAAUUCCUCUCAUGCAACACAUCAGAGCCUCAAUAGAUCUGGGAUACAAAGUGGAUCCGCUGAUUAAAGUUGACGAUAGUCAGCUAGUCAGGCGCGAGUAAGAGAUAUGAUUAGCAAUAAAACACUUAAAGACGAUUUUAAGGGAAAAAAAAUACCGGAUUGUAAAGAAAUUUUCCAGCACUUUUGUAACUCGUGUGCUUUGGUUUCUUGAUUCUAGACAACGAUAGCGCACAAUCAGUAACAACCGCCAAUCAUCGUACAUUGCUUUUCCAUUGAAAGGCGCGUGUGUGAUAAGAUAAAAAAGACGCCCAAAGGAAGUCAUUCAAUUAAAUUUCACCGCAAAAGUUCUAAUUAAAA